AACAUCGAUGGGCAGAAGAGACCAAAGAGGAAAUCAAACAGAUGGUUUUUUUUGUAACUCUCCUGAGCCCGUGUCCUCUUCUGCUGCUUGGUUCCCCUUUCUGUUCAAACGAAAACUUUUCAUUUGUAUUGUUAUUUUUGAUUUUUCUGUUAUUAUUUUUUCCCUUGUAGUUCUUUUUCUUUUCCCCUUUCUUACUCGUUUGGUUUAAGAUGGUCGCUCUAGCAACUGUAUCAGUUCUCAGUCGACGGUGGCGCCCUCCUACACUCUGUUCUAUUACUCUUGAACAGCAUCCAAAUAUAUUUCAAAUUGUACCUAAAGACUUGUUUGACGCCCGAAUUGACUCACUUGAUAUAUUUGUCCGAACCUCAUGCCCGAGUAUACAUCUUGAGUACUAUGUUUAUGUCUUUACGGUUGCCUGUGUGGUAUGUUCUGCUGCGUUUUCUCUUGCUGCACGCUCUGCUGGUAUAUCAAUGUGGUAUCCACUCCUGCUUCUCUUGAUCCCAGCCGGUCUUAAUAUAUGGACAAACCAGCGCCGAUCUGGAUUAAUUGACCGGAUAAGAAGUUUUGAGCGUGCUCUAAAAAAGACCCUCAAGGAGUUUACUAAACUUGACACCGCUGCACACCGUAUCAAAUGGUGUGUACGUCGUCCUAACGAACGCGACCCUUUAACUCCAGCCGAAAGAGUUGGCUUAUUUUGCCUUUUGAUCGAGGUAGUGGAUGUAGACUCUGAGAUGGAGCAAGAAUCUCUACCACCUUACCAAGCAGCAGUCGAUUUCACAAAUUCGAAUACAAUGAAUGGAAUAUUGGUACCGUCAGACUGUCUCCCUCCUAGUUACACCGAGAUUACUCCGCUACCCUCAGCUGUUUACCAACGUCCUCUCCCUUUAGUGACCCCAGCAUCAAGCACAUCACCAAUAGCACCGAUUCCAGCGCAAUUGUAUCCUAGAAGGCAUGAACCUGUUGCUUUGAUGCAGACUCCCGUUGCUUCCCAUAAUCAAUAUUAG